UGAACCUCGAAAAGGCGGGCUGUUCCAGGUCGAAACGAGCGGACUGCCACUGUAGGCGAUGCCGCAGUCGAUCCAUUCUCCCGUCGAAAUGGAUGCGUGCUCCGUGAGGGGACGAAGCAACGAAGGCAUUGCCUGUGACAAAGCGACUCCCGCGAACAGGACGUCCCUUUGCAACGCAAACCCGCACUAUGAUGCGUUCAAACGAUGGAAACUUGUCAAGCUGUGGCUUCGCUUUGGCUUACACUCGUGGCACUCGCGGGCGGUUGCAGCAGCACCAUCGCUACCGCCGUCGCCUGCUUCCAUCGACUCGUUGAAGCCAUCCCCACCACCUUCGUCUCCUCCCGACACACAUGAUGUACAGGAAGUCUACCAACCGAUUCAAGUCCUGGGCAAAGGCGCGUUUGGGACGGUGACCCUGAGUCGGAAAGCAUCAACUAACACCCUCGUGGCGAUCAAGAGUAUCGACAAAUCCAAGAUGUGCGAAGAAGAGUCGGUGCGGCUGCUUACGGAGCGGGCUGUCCUUAGCACGACUCAGCACCCCUUCUUGAUCUACCUAGAUGCAGCGUUCGAGUCACCAACCCAUUACCAUUUCGUGCUCGAGUACUGCCCCGGUGGUGACCUCUACAGUCUCCUGGAAUGCCAUCAUCACUUGGACGCCGCCCUUACGACCUUUUACACAGCUUCGAUGCUGUCUGCGCUCCUCUACCUCCAUCAAGUGUGUGGCAUUGCGUACCGCGACCUGAAGCCCGAAAACGUCCUCUUGGACGCCAAAGGGUUCAUUCGCUUGUCUGACUUCGGUCUGGCAAAAACAAACAUGAUUCCGUCGUCGAUCACACACAGCUUUUGCGGCAGUGUGGAUUACAUGGCACCUGAAGUCAUCCUGGGCUGUGGCUACGGCCUCGCCGCCGACGUGUGGAGCCUCGGCUGCGUCGUAUUCGAACUCUUGACGGGUCUGCCGCCGUUCUACACGACCGCUGGGCGCCGCGCGCUCUUCGAUCGCAUAUGCUCGGGCCACGUCAUGUACCCCGACGACAUGCCGGUUGAAGCAUGCACGUUCAUCGCGCACUGCCUCCAACUCGAUCCACAGAAGCGAUGGACCAUUCGCCGUCUUCUUGACCACCCGUUCAUGGCGUCCGUUGACUGGUACCAGCUCGGCAUCCAGCAAGUGCCCGUGCCUUACGUGCCGAACUUGGAUCACAUGGAGGACACACAGCACUUUGGCAACCAAUUCAAGAGCGUGCCGGUCCCCCACGACAAGUUGAUGAGGAGAACCCGGUCGGAUUCGGACGCAUCGGGUGACUUUAGCGCGUUCGACUGGUGUCGAGACACGUGUCGCCAGUCCACUCGGGCAGUUCCAACGUCCGCCGUGUGAGAGCUCCCCAACUACUUUAAUCGUUCCAUGCGCUGUCCAUGGCAGCACCGUUCGCUACGACUCUAGGGACCCCAAACGCUUCAGUGGCGGACUGCUGUGUCAUGCCAUAGGAGACACAACGACCGCUUCAUUGCUUUCUUAUGACAGUACCUUUGUUGCUGCCUCGACGAGAGUAGGUACCCGACACUUUGCCCACGUGAUCGAGGGCUCAUGCACAUCGACACACAAGAGUGUGGCCAUGCAUGCAUCCACCGCGAGGCCGACCGUACACGUUCCUGGAGGAACUGAACGAGCGGUGCCAGCGGAUGUUGACCACUUGGUCCUCACCCGCCUGCGAAGUUGCAGCACCGCCGUCGUCGUUGUUCACGGAUCUAUGUGGUACAGUAGCCCGGUCGAGCCUUGGGUGUUGGCAUGUUUUCCAUGCUGUUGGCCUGCCAUACGUCCGUCGUUUGAGGUGGUGGCCUACGCGAUGGACGGUCACGAGGCGUCGUGACCAUGCCAGCGCUGCCGCAUCGAGAACGACGCGGUGGUGGUGGCCGGGCAAGCCACGAAGGAGCGCGACUGAAUCGGCG